GAAGAAUCUGAAAUAAAACGGUUUUAAACUGGAAAUAUUGGAAAGGAAAGAAGAUUUAGAAGAAGAUGUCAACGGAAAUACAGUCUUCUUUAAUCUCUGCAUCCCCAGACGAAAAUAAUCUGUUUGUGGACGUACUGCAUGAAGCACCUCUAUCCGGUCAUAGGAAGCCUACGAGCCUUAUUGGGAGUAUUUUCUACUUUUUCUUAUUGUCAGGCUUUGCUAUUUUGGCGGUGGGAGCUACAUGGAUAUUUCACCCUAUAGAAGGAUUAGUGUUCCCACUUCUUUGCAGUUGUAAUGUUGCCCUCCUUGUUGUCACAGGCAUUUUUCAGCAAUAUCUGGUCUAUCAAGUUAAGAAAAUACGGCUACAGGGGUACUAUAUUUUCAGCCAGAAACUGAAGCAUAUUAUUCGCCUACCAUUUGCUACAAUCGCGUAUGGAACCUCAGCGAUGCUGCUUGUCAUGGUUUGGGAUCCACGUAUUAGCAUCCUCUCUAUAUCAACACUACUCAGGAUCAUCAUGCUGACUGAAGUAGUAUGUGCUGGUUCUUUCAUGACAGUCUAUAUUGGUUGUGUUCACCAGUACAAUUCCUUAGAUUCCCAGCCUGAUGUUUUAAAGUCACUUUAUUCUCCACUUCAACCAUCAAGUUCUCUGGAAGGUUUGAGGUACCAGGAUGGUGGUCGACUAUCAGAUCAGCAGAUGGCAUUGUUGCAAUAUCAGCAAGAAAAUAUACACUUUUUGAGUGAGGAGAUUCUUAGACUGCAAGAAACCUUAAGCAAAUACGAAAGAUCUAAUGAUGGGAAUGCACCUCAGGUUGAUCUUGCUCACUUAUUGGCAACUCGAGAUCAAGAGUUACGCACACUUAAAGCUGAGAUGAAUCAAUUGCAAUCUGAGCUGAGGCUUGCUCGAUCUAUAAUAGAGGAGAAGGAUACUGAGAUUCAACGUAUUCGCCAUGCAAAUAAUCAGUAUGUAGAAGAAAAUGAGAGACUUAGAGCUAUUCUGGGAGAAUGGAGCAGCCGAGCAGCUAAGCUUGAACGUGCUUUGGAAAUGGAAAAGAUGUCAAACUUGGAGCUGCAUAAAAAACUAACCACACUGAAAACUCAAACGCGUGAAUAGUGCUAGCAAGUGGUUACUUUUCUAACAGUUUAAGAUCUUUCGCAACACUAUGAAGAAAAGGGUAUCUACAGAAGAUGACUAUGAUACCGUCGUUCUUGGAUGACCUCAUGGUCCUAUCUGCACAUGUACAGACUAAGCCAUCUUAGCCAAUGUUCUCAACAAUAGUUUGCUUAAUGUAGCAACUUUAAAAAUUCCAGCUUGUAUAGUUUAUCCACUAUUAUUUCUCCCAUUUCUUUGUUCCUAUAUCAGUUGCAUUCGGAAGAAAUGUCUGCUCCGAACAAAUUGCUUUCGCUGAGCCGAGGAUCUUUCGGAAACAGCCUCUCAAAUCCUCUGGGUUAGGGGUAAGGUCUGCGUACACUGUACCCUCCCCAGGCCCCACUUGUGGGAUUUUACUUGGUUGUUGGUUGUUGUUGUUGUUGUACAUUACUGCUAUAGCCUAAACUUUGAAGGCUGCUUUUGCAGUGUCAAUGUGCCCAACAUGGGGUGACAUUGGAAGGAGGAAAUGAUCUCCUAUGCCCGUUUACAAUUUGAACAGAAAAAAGUGACUCGACCAAGUUCUCGUGUUUUAUUUACGGA